AUGAAAUACCUGGUACAAAAUUUAAUCAAUGCUGUUAAAAGUAAGCUAAGUUCAAGUGCAGCAUCAAAAAGAUUUAAAGUACCUAAAAGAACGAGACAUUUACAUCGUCAAAAUGCUUUGCAAAAAAUUGGCGGCCGUCGUUAUGGUUUUCUAAACGAUGAACAAGAAGAUUUUUUAGUAUGCUCAUUUAAAUUAUUAGCGGAAUAUGGAUUUACAAUCACUGCUGAUAUUUCAUUAAAAAUUUCGGAUGAAUAUUUUAAAUCUAUCGGAUUAUCAAAUAAACCAGGUCGUAAAUGGUUAAGGUCGUUUGUUAAACGUCACAAGACGGAAAUCAAGUGGAAAAAAGAACAAAAACUUGAACAAAUUCGAGCAAAAAAGUUCACAGAAGAAACUAGAAAGUCUUGGUUUGGCCUUUUAGCAUCGACCUUAAUUGAACUUGAUCUUAUGAACAAACCGUCACAAAUAUUUAAUUGUGACGAAACCGGCAAACACAUCAUUGUAACCUCAAGUACACGACACGUAUUUGAAAAAGAUGGUGAUGGUGGUAAACAAUACACUACUGCAUUGAUUGGAACUAGUGCAGCUGGUCAAGUGAUUUCUCCUUUUAUUAUUUAUGCUGGUCUACAUUUGAUGAAUGCAUGGUGUAGAGAUGGACCUGAUGGAUCACGUUAUGCUGUAACAAAAAAAGUAACGAAAUAUUGCAUAUGGCCAUUCAGCGAACAUGCCAUGAUAGAUAAAGUAGUGGUUCCUGCAUUUUCUUCAUUUUUUACUUCAACGAUCAUUAAGAAAAUACCACCGCCAACAAAUAUUCUUAUACCACGUUCAAGUUCUUCAGUUGUUCACUCAUUAUCCACCAUGUUAUCAUUAUCAGAAUCAAUCAUUAAAUCAAAUUUUAAAUCGAUUACUGAAACAUUACAUUCUGUUAGUAUGGUCCUCGAUGAUACAAAUGAAAAACAACAACAAAUGUUAUUUGAUAUUCAACAGAUUAAACCAAUUCAACCAAUAUCUCUCGAUGAUCAUGAGAUUUCAUCAUAA